UACAGUUAGAAAGUAUUCGUUAGCGAAUUUUUGAAAUGCAAAUAAUAUAAUGAUUUUAGGGUGUGAUUUUUCAUUAUCAGCUUUUGGUGUUCGGUAAAAUAUGUCACUCAAAUUUAAUAAAUAUGUCAGAAAUAAAUCGUUAUGAAGUAUAUUUGCCAUCAAACUAAAGAAUUUUUAAUCAGAGAAGAAAAUUUUUGACAUUGCAGAAUGUCUGCCUCAGCCAUUUAUUUACUUGAUCUAAAGGGCAAGGUCCUUAUCUCCAGAAAUUACCGUGGAGAUAUAGACAUGGCAUCGGCUGACAAAUUUAUGCCCUUAUUAAUGGAAAAGGAAGAAGAAGGUUGUGUUACCCCAAUCUUAUCUCAUAAUGGUAUAACAUUUAUGUACAUUAAAUACAAUAAUUUGUAUCUUGUAGCUACUACAAAGAAAAAUGCAAAUGUAGCACUUGUAUUUGUUUUCUUGCAUAAAAUAGUUCAAGUUUUUAUUGAGUAUUUUAAGGAAUUGGAGGAAGAGAGCAUAAGGGAUAAUUUUGUAAUCAUCUAUGAGCUGCUUGAUGAACUGAUGGACUUUGGUUAUCCUCAAACUACUGACAGCAAGAUUUUGCAAGAAUUUAUCACCCAGGAGAGUCAUAAAAUGGAAGCUCAGCCAAGGCCUCCUAUGGCAGUAACAAAUGCUGUUUCGUGGAGGUCUGAAGGCAUCAAAUACCGAAAGAAUGAAGUUUUUCUUGAUGUUAUAGAAUCUGUUAACCUUUUAGCUAAUGCAAAUGGCAAUGUUUUGCGAAGUGAAAUUGUUGGUUGCAUCAAGAUGCGCGUUUAUCUCUCAGGAAUGCCAGAGUUACGUUUGGGACUAAAUGAUAAAGUUUUAUUUGAAAGUACUGGCCGGGGAAAGAGCAAAUCUGUGGAGCUAGAGGAUGUGAAAUUUCACCAGUGUGUUCGUUUGUCCAGGUUUGAGAAUGACCGCACCAUUUCGUUCAUUCCUCCUGAUGGAGAAUUUGAACUUAUGUCAUAUCGCUUAAAUACACAUGUGAAGCCUUUGAUCUGGAUUGAGUCUGUCAUUGAGCGACAUGCUCAUAGCAGAGUUGAAUACAUGGUUAAAGCUAAAAGUCAGUUCAAACGUCGUUCCACAGCAAAUAAUGUAGAAAUAAUAAUUCCUGUACCAACUGAUGCAGAUUCACCCAAAUUCAAGACAACUGUGGGAAAUGUUAAAUAUGCUCCAGAGCAAAGUGCCAUUAUUUGGAGUGUUAAAUCAUUUCCUGGUGGUAAAGAGUACUUAAUGCGUGCUCAUUUUGGCCUUCCUAGUGUGGAGAGUGAAGAAAGUGAAGGGAAGCCACCAAUUCAAGUUAAAUUUGAAAUCCCUUACUUCACAACAUCUGGAAUCCAAGUACGGUAUUUAAAAAUCAUUGAAAAAAGUGGAUACCAAGCCCUUCCAUGGGUUAGAUAUAUUACACAAAAUGGAGAUUACCAAUUAAGAACUCAUUAGAAACUUCAAUUUCUAUUCCAGAUAAUGUUAUAUUAUGUUGGUUAUAAUUAGGGGUACUUAAAGUUGUUUUGUUCCAUUACUGUACUAUCUCUGAUUAUUGUUAUAUUUUUAUAAAAUGAAAUUUUAUUUGAUUAUCAGAAUUCCAUAAUAGAUAAAUCAGUAAACAAAUUGUGCUUGUCAUUAACUUUAUUCAGAAGACCUAAUGCAGUCUUUCCAUUAUAAGAUCUAAUACUGACAAAUUUUUAUGUAGUAUAAAGCAGAACCUUAUAAGAAGUCAUAUUUUUCAGAUGUGUAUGUAAAGCUUAAAAGUGAAAUUCCUUAUGUGUAAUAAAGAUUAUUUAUCAGACC